GCAAGCACACGUACAGACAGUACCACUGCUACAAGAUGCCGCUCCUCCCCGUGUUGGUGUUGGCCGCCGUCCUGCAGUGGUACAUAGUGCCAGGGGAAGGCCGUACGGACCAGCUGGCCCUGUCACUGUGCAGGUUGUGGGAGGAGUGUGUCAGAACAGUUGAAGUUGCGGAGCACGACGAAGAUGCGAGUUCGAGACUGCAGCCGUUUUGCCGGGACGUCGCCGACAUGUUGAAGGAACGGGACGCUAAAAACUGCGAACCGCUUCUGUUUCCAGAUAAAGACAAACAAGCGGACAAUGAAGGACGACCAGACCCGAGGGGGCAGUCGCCUCCGUCCGACCUGGCAUCUCUGGUGUCUGAUGGGCGCACGAACUACCUUCAUGACUGUGCCGAGAUCCACACGGCUGCGGCAAUGUUUGGUACUGUCUCUAGCGGCGUACACGACAUAAAGCCUGACGGUCUGGCCAGCCCGAUCUCUGUAUACUGUGAUCAGACCACAGAUGGGGGAGGGUGGACGGUCAUACAGAGGAGGUUUGACGGGUAUAUCGACUUUAACAGAGGUUAUAACGCUUUUAAGUACGGGUUUGGGCCAGCCAACGGGGAGUAUUGGCUGGGCUUGGAGAACAUGUAUUACUUGACUAACCAGAACCCGUACGAGCUGUACAUAGAGCUAGAAGAUUGGUCAGAUGUGGUCAAGUACGCCAGGUAUGACUCAUUCUCGGUCGGGGGUGACCCUUAUCAUCUUCAUGUGAGUGGGUUCAGUGGGACAGCGGGAGACGGGUUUUAUGUGUCCGAUCCAUCAGAUGCUGGUUAUCUAAACGGCCAGGCGUUCAGCGCUAGACAGGUAGACAACGACUCCCGAGAUGACAUAUCCUGUGCCGCCGGUAGCGGGGUCCCGACGGGUGGGUGGUGGUACAAGGGCUGUUCUUGGUCAGCCCUGAAUGGCCCGUACCUGCGCCCUUCUGAUAUUACUAGUGGGAGUGGAUUCGGUAUCUAUUGGAACCCUUUUGGGGGCUGGUACCGACACUACUUGAAAAAGUCCAAAAUGAUGGUUCGUCCAGUCGACUUCCAACCGUAAGUUGCCGAGUCCUUUU